ACAAAGCGAGCGCAGAGUGACCUAAUUCAGACACGCCAGUCCUGAAAAUAGACGACGAAGGAUAAACCCACGAAGCGAAAUUAGAAGUAGACAUUACUUCCAGAACAUGAGGAAAUAUCUCUUGGUUUAAGAAUGGAGGAUUCAAACGGGAGACAGGUUGUCCACUUCCGACAUUUUGGGGCAGGGACGACUUUUGUUAGUGACAGACAGUGUUGCGUUAUCGUUGACAUCUGCAGGAACUAUGCUGUUACUGACAGGCUGCACACGGCAGAGUGUACAUCUCUGUUUCACCUACACUGGGAGGGUCAUGACAGUGGGAAUGAGACAUCCAGUAUUACGGUGUCGGAAGCAAAUGGUGACCACAAGUCAACAGUCAUAACCCCCGACCAUGUUAACAACCUCCUCAAGCAUCACCCAGCGUUACAUGACUUCACCACAAAGAUGCUCACGGCACACCAGGUUCAGCUGAUCCACGUGGAAUACGCCCCACUUGUUCUGACGUUCCAGCACUGUGUGGGUUCAGACAGGAAAACAUUGGUGUCCAGAAAGCACAAGGUUCUUCUGUUGGUGAAAGAAUUCCUAAAACAUUCCAUAGGCUCUGAACAUUUGGAAACUUUGAAUAUUGAAAUACUUGAUAGAAAACCAAUUGUCCUUGGAAAUUUACAUUAUCAGUACUGCGUGGAGGAAAAUCCCCGAAUGCAGUCAGCAACAAGACACAAGGAAAUACCACAUGAGAUUCCAGAUACAAUAGAAAAGAGAUUUAAGAGUAUUGAAGAGCAACUUUCUCACCAGAAGGAAUUAAUGGAAUCUCAAUUUUUUGGUCAAGAAAAACAAUAUGAAGACAUUCGGUUGUCACUAUGCAGCAUUUCUGCGACCUUGGGUUUUACUGAUAAUAAACAAAAACUGUGGAGCAAGGAGGUUCAGCCAAAUAUCCUCGAUCUCUCUGAACCCGACCUUGAAAGUUUGGAUUCAAUUUAUCAUACCAAAACAGAAAUACUUACUGAAAAAGAGGAAAAUACAAAUGAACUACAGAGAGAGGAUAUGGCGGACGGGAAUGACAAGGAAACGUCUGUGCUUGGUGAGACGAGGAAGUUGUCCAAACAAAAUGUACAUGGCAAAUCAGAGCAGGAAAUCAACAGUGUCGUUGACGGAAAUUACCCUAAAGCAGUGGAUAUGAAAGGUACCUCGUUUGGAAACAAAGGUGAAGAUCGACAGCCUGGACAUUCGUCACCACACACCAAACAGAACUCAGGUCCGUCCCAGAAAGGUCGAUUACCAACUGAGAGAAGUCAAUACAAUGAUGGGAGCUUUGUCAGUAAGGUACCAAGCAGGACCAAUGGGUUAAGAAGGCAGUACACUGACGAGGUGAAGGGCGGAAAUGUAUACCCUAGUGGUAACUACAGAAGCAGGCAAUACGUAAAUACAUACGACAAUAUCCACCCCACACCUCAAGAAAGGAAUCAAACGGCGUAUGGGCCUGUUGUCGGUAGGCGGAACCAGUUGAAACCACAUUACACACAGUCCCAGAGAGGAGAAACGCCAGCAUCACCUCGACUUCGAGAAAUGUUUUUUGGAAACGGUACUACGUCAUCAGAGUACGAUCCCUUCCCCGAUAUACAAACAGAGGAUCUCAAUUUUGAUAUGAUCAAGAGUACACAAUGCAUUGUAUCGGCUCAAGAAAGCAACUAUGGCGACCCAAGAAAGGAGAACAUCAACGGAGACGAAGAAAGGGAAAAACACUAUCGUCUGAUGUUAGAAUGUAUCAUUGGUGAUAGUCCCUACUGGAGCAGAAUAUGGGCGAGUGUGCAGGAAGCACUACUCGAAGAUGAGAGUCCUGUUCCACGAUAUGGUCUGGCCCUGGAUACAGUCAUAUGUAUGGAUACAUCCAGCAGCAUGUGGGGCGAUCCUUUCAAUGAAAUGAAGAAAAUCGCCCUUGAUUUUAUCAACGGAAUCGAGGACAUUGCAGAGCGACAUGAUCUUGAAGAAAAUAUUGCCCUCGUUACCUUUGGAGGACGGGCCAAGGUAGUUCACCACUUAUCCAACGACUAUGGGAGUCUUAGAGAUGCACUAGAAAACAUCACACCCGGGGGCCCCUCCCCAAUCAUGGAAGGCGUUCUUGUCUCACUGGCGUGUCUGGCGAAAGGCGGUGUCUUCAAGAUCAGGAACAGUCUGCAACUUCGGCCACGACUUAUAUUCAUAACGGAUGGUCUACCAACAAGAGAGAUGCCUGAGACUUCAGCGGAUGGUAUCUGUACAGAGGUUGAGGAUAGAGGUCGAAUCUCAAGAGCAUUUGCGGAGGUUAGAAGCAGACAGCACGAAGAUUAUCUUCCUGACGAAAUCGUUUUUGUUCCUGUUGGAGCCUUUUGCAACAUGAGUUGUCUCCAGGCCCUUGCGUCAUUCUGUUAUGGAAAAGUGGCAGACGCGACAUCACUGGCGAGGUUGCCAAAAUACCAAUUUCUGCACAAAAGUGCGAUUCAUGUAAUUGAUUACAUACGAGACAACGAUCAAACCUCGGCAACGUUCCGUGCAGGAUUACAUGAGGUGUUUCUGGAACUGGAACCUAGUCUCGACCAGUCGGACAGGCGGGAUCUGCACAGCCUACUUGCUCCUAAGGUCGACUCCAUGAUCAACCAUGGCUCAGUCUACAACUUCCAAAAUGUACAUGAGGACCCGGAACUGCCUCCCCUCGGCUCCAGAGUUGUCCGAGGCCCAGACUGGCUGUGGGGUAAUCAAGACACUGAGGCGCCAGGGACAAUAUUCAACCAUGCACUCGACAACAUUGUGUGGGUGAUCUGGGACAACGGCCACUCGAACGUGUACAGGUAUGGACAGAAGGACAAGUACGAUGUCAUCACAGUGGAGGACCAGCCUCGAGACAUCGACGACUACUCGAUUGCUGUCGGUGUUCAGGUUGAAAGAGGUGCGGACUGGCAUUUUCUGUAUGGGAAUCAGGAUGGUGGUCCUGGAAACUACGGCACCGUCAUUCGAAUUACGACGGGGAAGGUCAAGGUUCGGUGGCAGAAAGGUGGAAUGUACACAUACAGAUACGGCGUCGGUGGACUGUUUGACUUAUCUAUUCGUGACCCUGUUGCCUCCAUCCUUGAAACAACUGCAAAAUCAGAUGAAGGUUCAAGCCGUAUUUCAGUGGGGCCAGGACAUGGCCAGAGGCUGCAAGAGUCUGAAAACAGGCCGUACGUUUGGCAGAGGCGGGACAACCAGGAAGGCUGGGAAUCAUACACAGAAAUCAAUGAUGCUAAACUGAAGAAGGAAUAUGGGAAAAAUGCGAAAGGCUCAUGCUUAAUUCAGAGAAAAGGGGAGAGUUUCAGGGUAUCAUUCAAAUCCCUGCAAGAGCGCUCUGUAACUGACAAAACCUGGGUUCCUGUGCGAAAAUGUUUUCAAUAGAUCUAUCUAGUCAUCAUUGAAGUGUGAAGAUUUGAUAAUUAACAACACUACAGGGUUUGUGGGAUCUGCACGUGAUGUCUUCACAUUUCCACAAAGUUUACAAACGAUUUAUAAAAUAUAGCGAUAGUGUUUAUCUAUACUUAUACUAUUUAGCAUAUUUUAAUGCUCUGCCAUAGAGUAGAUCGUUUUGACUAUAUCUACAUGGCCAUCUUAGUACACAAUAUCACAGUUUCUAAGAUGCCUAGCGGUUAGAACAAUCGGCAAAAAAAUACAUUAUGAGACAAUAAAUUAAAGGUAUUGUUUUUUUA